GGGCAAGAGGAAGAAGAAGGCGGCAGUGAUGCUCUCAGAGGCCCAGGAGCUUGAAGUGGCAGACUGGGUCCGAGACCAUGUCCAGAUCUAUAACAACGGGAUUACAAAGGAGGAGGAGAAGAGUGGAUCUGAGGAUGAGCUGAUAGAAACACGUCGACUCGUCACCCAGCAGAACAGGAAGAAGAAGAAGUCGGGUGGAUUCCAGGUCAUGGGACUGUCAUAUGCAAUCUCUAAAGGCAUCAGCAGAAAGGGAUACAAGAUACCGACUCCAAUACAGAGAAAGACUAUUCCUUUGAUUAUUGACGGAAAGGACAUUGUUGCUAUGGCGAGGACAGGAAGUGGAAAGACUGCUGCAUUUUUGAUCCCCAUGUUCGAGAGGCUGAUAACACAUUCGUCAAAGGGUGUCCGAGCAAUUAUCAUGUCACCGACGCGAGAACUGGCAAUGCAGACUCUAAAGUUUACAAAGGAGCUUGGACGAUUUGCUGGUUUAAAAGCAGCUGUCAUUCUUGGUGGAGACAGAAUGGAUGAUCAGUUUGCUGCUGUCCACGAAAAUCCAGACAUAAUUAUUGCCACUCCAGGACGAUUCCUACAUGUUACCAUGGAGAUGGAUCUCAAGUUAAAGUCUGUGGAAUAUGUUGUUUUUGACGAGGCAGACAGGUUAUUUGAGAUGGGUUUUCAAGAACAGUUGAAUGAGAUUCUUCACCGACUGCCUGAAAGUCGACAGACGCUGCUGUUUUCUGCGACUCUACCCAAACUCCUCGUCGAGUUCGCAAAGGCCGGCCUUACUGACCCGACACUUAUCCGACUCGAUGUCGACUCGAAACUCAGUGAUCAGUUAAAGAUGUCAUUUCUGUCAUGUCGGCCCAGUGACAAACCCGCACUGUUGUUACAUUUACUGCAGAAUGUAAUCAAAGAUAGCGACCAGACAGUCAUUUUCGCUGCGACAAAACAUCACGUGGAAUUUCUCAAUCUGCUACUGGAGAAGGCCGGUAUUGUCUGCAGUUACAUCUACAGUUCCUGUGACCAGACAGCGCGUAAAAUCAGCAUCGCCAAAUUUCAGCAUCGCAAGGUGAACGUCAUGAUUGUCACGGAUUUGGCAGCACGUGGAAUCGACAUCCCUCUGCUAGAUAACGUCAUCAACUACAACUUCCCAGCCAAGGCCAAGCUCUUUGUUCACAGAGUUGGUCGCGUUGCCCGUGCUGGGAGGUCUGGAACGGCCUAUUCUCUGGUUUGUUCGGAGGAAGUCCCGUAUCUCUUUGACCUGCACGUUUUUCUUGGGAGAGCUGUCAACCUCGUCCCACUGGAGAACAACAACAUGGAAGAUCAGGAUGGUCUGUAUGGUCUAGCCCCACAGAACGACAUUGACGACGUGGCUGAGAAUAUUCGACAGUGGAUGGGAGAAUCCAUAGACUUGCAAAACCUGCAGAAAGUGAGUGAGAAUGCGUACAAGAACUACGUCCGAUCUCGACCAGCCCCCGCCCCGGAGUCCGUCAAAAGGAUGAAAGAAAUGGAAAAAGAUGGCGUUAAACUUGGAACACAUCCGGUCUUUGGUAAAUCUGAAGAAGAUGAAAGAACAAAACUUCUCAAUGCUCUGCGUGGAUACAAGGCAAACACGACAAUAUUUGAAGUAAAUUCCACAGCCAAAAACAAAUCCUUUGACAUCAUGAAAGGCAAAAGAAAUUUCCAUGGCAACGUGAUUUCUUGGAAUCAGAAGAGAAUAGAGAUCAAACAGAAACUGGAGCAACAGGAAGUAAAGAAACCCACUGAACAGAUGUCUGCCAAUGACGACGAUCUGCAGGACGCGUUUUCCAGCAUUGUGGCGCCCGGUUCCAAGUUGCAGCGCAAGAAGAAACCAGUCACUAUCCGAGAUGAAGAGAAUUAUUUACCUUACAAACCAAAAGAUUUCCAGUCAGAACUCGGGUUGAGUAUCACAAAGAGUUUUGAGCGAGAUGCCAGUGGCGCAGUCCUUGAUCUGACCGGAGACGAAGUGGAGGAUUUAAGACGACAACAACAUCAUAGCCGAUGGUGA